UGAACAGGAAAGCUCCACCUCCAUUCUGGGCCCUCUGUAGCUCCAAGGCUGUGACUCUCCCUGUGAUGAGGUGGCAAUCGAGGCCGGUCCAUGAAGAGAGGAGGAUGACUGUGGCGUCCUUCAGAAUGUUAGAUUAGUGGAAUGAAGAAGAUUUAAGUGGGAGCAUCCCUGAGAGAUUCUUAGGCUUGAACUGCCUCACCCAGCUCUACCUUGAGGAUAAAAUCAUGCUUCAAGGCUCUAUACCUUCAAGCUUGGGGAGGCUUACCUCCCUGAAGACGCUCUCAUUGAGUGGGAACCUUCUGCAAGGGCAGUUGCCUCCAACUCUUGGGUCUAUCAAAGGUUUGCUCCAGAUCAACAUGGGGAGGAAUCUUUUGACGGGCCCUAUACCAUCAGCCUUUAGCAGUCUUCAUAGUCUGGAAUCCCUUGAUCUAAGCAAAAACAUGUUGUCUGGAGAGAUACCUAGCUUUGUUGGCAAGUAUCAAAACCUUACCUUCGUUGACCUUUCCAACAACCAGUUCUCAGGUGAAAUACCCAUGUCAUUGUGCAGCUUGUCUAAUGCUAUGGACAUCUCAUUGAGUCAGAACAAGCUUACAGGUCAAAUUCCACACCAGAUUGAUGGCCUCAAAUCCCUCACUUCUCUUUCACUCGGUGCCAAUUUGCUUAGUGGCUCCAUUCCAGAAUCCUUGAGCAGAUUGCAGAAGCUAUGGUAUCUCAACCUGUCUAAGGAAUGGGUUUUCGGAUCCCCUGCCUAAUGAACUUCCAAAUGGCUUGCCUUCUCUCUCAUCCAUACAUCUGUCCUAUAAUGAUCUCCAUUUACAAACAAUACCAGAUUGGAUUUGGUGCAGAGAGCUUAGAGACGUACACCUUGCAGGCUGCCACAUCAGGGGAAACCUCAAGCCAUUUACAUCACCAGAGUCCUCGAACUCCUUAGACCUGCCUGAGAAUUAUAUUACAGGAGAAAUUGGUGAGUUCUUCACAAACAUGACAAACUUGUAGGAACUCAGACUAUCCAGCAACAUGCUCAGCUCUGACAUCUCAAGACUUCAACUGCCUGACCUCCACAUGAAUCAGCUCUAUGGAUCAGUAUCAGGACUCCUGCAGAAAGCCAACAAGUUCUUGCAAUUAGUGGAUAUUUCAAACAACAGGAUCACUGGAAGAUUGCCAGAAUUUAGUGGUUGGUUGGGCUUGAAAUAGCAGGUCGUGUCAAAUAAUGGGAUCUCGGGCCAAAUCCCAACUUCCAUAAGUCUGCAAAGGAUUGAUCUCUCAAGGAAUCAAAUCAAGGGGAUGAUCCCACCAAGCAUGGGCCAAAUGAUG